AUAAACUUGGAGGUAUCUGUAGCGGAAGAUUAACGCCGUCAAACUCUUUUUUCCAUUUCUUAUAAUAACGACCGCAAACGGUCGCCAAGCUGCAGAGAACACAUUCGCGCGGAAAGAUUAAUCGGCUGUUGACCGUCGCCGGAGGAACAAGCAGACUACUCCGACGCCAUGUCAACCUUCGCCGGAACGCCUCCUUCUCCCUUCGACGAUGCCACCAACGGAUUCGAACCUCGCCUCGCUUCUCAAAGAUUUGAAACCUUUUCAACUUUCGAAGCCGAGUCCGCCGACGACUCCUCACCGAUCUUCGGAAAUCUGCCGUACGACCAGGGAGACGGCGUUGAGCCGACUCCGCCUACUAAUUUCUCGGCGGGUGGAGGAUUCUCGAGUUUCUCGUCGCAGCAGAACGGGAAGGGUUUUGAUGGCGGUUUUGGCGAAUCGGACGGCCCGAUCCUCUCGUCGCCGACGGCGAUGGAACCGGAGGAAGGAUUUCCUUUGAGAGAGUGGCGGAGAUUGAAUGCAAUUCGAUUGGAAGAAAAGGAGAAGAGAGAGAUGGAGCUGUUGGAAGAGAUAAUUGAUGAGGCUGAUCAGUAUAAAAUUGAAUUCUACAGAAGGCGAAAGCUUGCUCUUGAUCAUAGCAAAGCUACUAAUAGGGAUAAGGAGAAGCAAUAUCUAGCAAACCAAGAGAAGUUCCAUGCUGAAGCUGAUAAGAACUAUUGGAAGGCAAUUGCAGAACUAAUCCCCAAUGAGGUACCAACCAUUGAACAAAGGGGAAAGAAAGACAAGGAAAAGAAGCCUGCUAUUGUUGUUAUUCAAGGUCCGAAGCCCGGGAAGCCAACCGAUCUCUCGAGAAUGCGUCAAAUACAUCUGAAACUCAAACACAAUACCCCUCUUCACAUGAAGCCUAAACCCCCACCAGCAGAACCUAAAGCCGAAUCGAAAAAGGAUUCUUCUGCAGCUGGGGCAACUCUGGCUGCAGGUUCGGGUUCGGCAGCUUCAAGAACUGCUGCUGUUGCUACUUCUGAGGGUAGAACUGUUGGCUGAAAUUGGCUGGUAUAUAUAUUUUAUACUCACUGUUUUGGAUGUUUAGGUAAAAAAGAAACUAGCUAUUGUGUCAUGGAUUUUGAUGUUUAAUGAUAGUAAGUUAUAGUAAAUAGUAAAUAAAUCACUUGAGAAAUCUAGCAGUAUAUGUAGGUAAAGCCAUAAAAAAGCUACAAAAGUCCUAAUGAGGGCUUUGGUUCUGGUGGAUAUUUUAUGGUUUUGACUGCUUAAGUUUCUGUUGUUUUGUGAAUAUUUAUGAUGAUUUUGUGAUAUAGAUUAUACAACCCAAUGGAGUAAGUGUUUAGUGCAUUUGUAAAUAUUGUAGAAGUUGGAAGUUGGAAGAUUUAUGAGAUAGAGACAAGUCAUUUUGAUGUGUC